AUGGCAGAUCCACAGAAAGUCCUAUUUUGGUACAAUGGUCUGUACUCCCGUACCGUCGACCUUGUUGGCGACUAUGCAGGCAGCGAACUCUUUAUCAUCGAAGGAGACUCACUUCUCUUGCACUGCUUCGCUGACGACCAGCUGGAAUUUGCCAAUGGUUUUCAGUUGCUUCAUGCCACGUAUAUCGUGGAGCGAUCUCUAGAACAGCUCCGACGACGAAACUGCAAUUUUCACAUUGUCUUCUUCUCGGAAAAUUCGGCGGCAUCUAUUUCACCACACGUUCACCAAUCAUCGUUGCCAAAGUACCGUCUAGCUCGUGAAGCUAUUCUACAGCAUCUUCAACAGAAUGCUCCUAAAGUAUUCCCAUCCAUACAAGUGAGAUGCUUUGAUACAUACAAUUGCCCCGAGUUUGAGGAAUAUCUUACGUUGGAGGGGGUCUAUUUCAUCAUGUGCCACGAUGGCGCAUUUUCGAGCCAUAGCGGACAUGAUAGAGCACUGCAUGAAUCUUUAGAAGAGUCUGAGGAUCUGAAAGUGCUCUCGGAUGGUACCUCAGACACUGACAGUGAUGAAACGUUCGAUAAUGCUCUUACCUCGUUUUGGCCGAAUCGAGUUACGCUCAGAUCCAUGAUACACUGUUUAGAAUGCCGUGACACCAAAGUGUUCACGAUGGUUCUAGAGGGCUCCGCAGAACGGGCACGGAAUCUUUUCGGCGUGGAUUCGGAAGAUCCGGACAUAGAAGAGGACACUGAAUCAUCUGACUCCGAUACAGAAGAGGUGGAUUCUGGAAUCAGUAUGGUACAUGGUCACGUCGAGGCUGGCACCAGUGAUUCAAAACGUUGUCCUGCAAGUUCCUCAGUGGAGCUUACGCUGCGCAAUUUUUUGGGUAUCUUAAACACCACAGGCUCCCACGCUCUCACUCAACGAGAGUGGGUCACAACCCUAACAGCAAGUGCCCUGCUAAACUCUGGCCCCCUUGAAGAAAAUGAGAUGUUGGGGUUGCGUGCCUUGUUACUCCACACUAUUGUUCUAAGUGAGUGCAAGCUUGGAAACCGCGUGUAUGGCCCCAAAUACUGUCGCCCUGGCGAGUCGUUGCUGGUGAAAUAUGCUGAAGUAUCUUGGAGUAUCAUCACAUCACAGUUGUGGCAUGAGGCUAUGAGUGCUAGGCCUAUGAGCUGUGAUGUGGCAGACCUGAUUGAUGGAAGGUUAUUUCUUGAGACGUUGCAAAUGGCUUACUCGUCUGACCUUGAAGGUUUCUUCAGCCAGUCAAUCAUGGAAAAGUUUUCGGUGCUUACCUCACUAGUGAAAGCUCUAUGUGGUGCUGAACUUGCUAUCUCUAAAGUGUGCAACAAGGCUAGCGGUAGCAAAGCAAGCAGAAACGAAGAAACUAAUCAUUCGGGCAAUCGCCCAGUCAAUAGCCGGAUAAAGACCACUGCCGUGCUCCCUUUCAACAACCCGGACUUUGAUCGCCAUCUCAAGCCGAUAUCACUUGCUAUUGACGAAUCCGUUGCUGGGAAGGAUCUUGCGGUGUCGCGAAUCUUUGAGGAAAUCACCCACUGGCAUAAUCAUCGCAGGCCGCUAGAUCAACGGAAUACAGUUCCUCCUUCAAAGUGGCUUCUUCGCCGUAAUCAGAUGUUCAUGGCUGAGACUGAGCAAUAUGCUGCCAGUCUUACAGAUGCAAAACCAGAGUCUAUAUUCCUAAAGGCUAAAGCAGAUCUCAAGGCCUUGCCAGGAAAAGGUCCGGCUUCUGGAGCUAUGGAGAGAGACAGAGCCUCUCAAUCCGCGAAAAAUGGCUCAAAACAGGCUAAAAAAUCAAAGAUUAGCGUAUCCGCAUCGGUUAAAGCCAAAGCAGAAGUUCAUUUCCAGGAACAGCGCAAUAACAACUUUGAGAGGCAAUUGGAGGCUUGGAAGAAUAAACGCCAUGAUAUCGAGCAUUCUGAUAAUUUGGUCCAGAGGUACCAAGCUGCUUAUGAGUACCUCCACAGCUUGAAGCGAAAGGGAGAUUGUCUGAUAGAGCCAGAGAUACUUGCCUACCUCAUAAUGACCCUGGCACAGAUUUGGAAGCAAAAGUGUGAAACAGAAAAGGACAGACCUAUGGCGAUAGUGGCACUCGUAUGGUUUAUGAUUCUCAGGCUCUCAAAGGCGAAGCAAGUCAUUACGUUCGACAUUCGAUGCCUUAUAGAAGACGUUAUUAGAGCACUCAAUCUUCCCUACAUUGACAUCCCUUGUGACGUUUCAGGAAAAGCUACAUCCGCAUCCACACCACUAGCUUCACGGCACGCCAACUUGCAAACGGGCUUGUCACCAGUUGAGUUUCAGCUUGUUCAUGCGGGGCCAUAUUUUGAUAGAAAUAUGGAAUCGGCACCAGAUCAUCGAGUUCAUGAUUUUGAACCUGAUCGGUGGCAAAGAGAGAUCUUGGACCAAAUCGACGCUAAAGCGAGUCUUUUUGUUGUCGCUCCGACUAGUGCGGGAAAGACUUUCAUAUCAUUCUAUGCUAUGAAACAGGUCCUCGAAAGCAGUGACGACGGGGUCUUGGUGUACGUUGCCCCGACUAAAGCACUCGUAAACCAGAUCGCUGCCGAAGUCCAAGCAAGAUUCAGUAAGAAUUACAAACACGCUGGAAAGUCUGUUUGGGCUAUUCAUACACGUGAUUACCGCAUCAACAACCCAACUAGCUGUCAGAUCUUGAUCACAGUUCCACACAUCCUUCAGAUUAUGCUUCUUGCGCCGUCAAACGCGAAGUCGUGGGCGUCUCGCAUUCAACGUAUCAUUUUCGAUGAAAUCCACUGCAUUGGUCAGUCAGACGAUGGAGUGGUAUGGGAGCAGUUGCUUCUUCUUGCACCUUGCCCUAUCAUCGCACUUUCUGCAACGGUAGGCAAUCCUGAAGAAUUCAAUGACUGGCUGAGGUUGACUCAAAAUGCAAACGGCCAUGACUUGAAAAUGAUUGAGCACAAAACGCGAUGGUCGGAUUUAAGAAAAUUUGAGUACAGACCUCCGACAUCUUUCAUCUUCAAAGGGCUAUCGGAUGCCACUCAUCUAGCUGCACUCGGCCUGGAUGCUUGUCCAAACAUGUCGUUCAUACACCCUGUGACAAGCCUGACCAAUCGAUCUCGGGGAAUCCCGGACGAUCUAGCCCUGGAACCGCGUGAUUGCUGGACACUUUGGAAGGCCAUGGACAAGUACAAAACAGCAGACUAUCCGCUUGAUAACGCAUUGAAUCCGUCCAACGCGCUGCCAGGUGUCAUUGCCAAAGCUAACGUUCUGGAGUGGGAGGCCAAGCUGAAGCUGGUCCUGAAACAUUGGAUGAUUAAUUCAGACUCUCCAUUCGAUUCUGUCCUGAAGGAACUUUCACAGGGGAGUCAUUUAGAGAAGAGUCGUGAUGUCCAGGUAUCAUCUGGCGAACGCGGCCAGUCAGAUAAACCCCGCCCAGUGAAGAAUAACCUCCUCGAUACAACACUACCCUUGAUUUGUUCUCUCCAUGACCAAGGCGCCCUUCCAGCUAUUUUCUUCAAUUAUGAUCGAAGUAAGUGUGAGGAAAUAUGUCAGCAGAUUGUUGACGAACUGGAACAGUCGGAGGACCGAUGGAAGGCCUCGAGUUCAAGCUGGGCGAACAAGAUCAGUGAGUGGAAAGAAUGGAAGAAAUUGGAAGAAAAACGUGCCAAACAUAAAAAGCCCAGCAAGGUGAAGAGCCGAGUUGGAGACAACGAUGGAAACAUGUCCAAAGCAGAUAAGAUGCGUGAUACUGCGUCCGCGGAAUCGAGUUGGCAUGAAUCGUUUGAUCCAGAAAAACCAAUCCCGAGGUUUUCCCUAGCUGACGAGAAGAAGCUUGCCGAUUCUGACUUUGAGGAAUAUGCUCAAGCGCUCCAGCAGCGACAGGUGCCUUCCUGGUUGAUUGAUGCUUUGAAGCGUGGGAUCGGUGUACAUCACGCCGGUAUGAAUCGCAAAUACCGUCAAGUCUGCGAGAUACUCUUCCGCAAGGGCUAUCUACGCGUUGUCAUUGCUACAGGUACAUUGGCCCUCGGUAUCAAUAUGCCAUGCAAAACCGUGGUCUUUGCAGGUGAUUCUGUCUUCUUGACAGCCCUUGGAUUUCGGCAAGCAGCUGGUCGAGCUGGACGUCGGGGCUUCGACUUCCUAGGCAACGUGGUCUUUCAGUGUAUUCCGGAUUCCAAAAUUUACCGUCUACUCAGCUCAAAGCUUCCAAGCCUGAACGGCCAUUUUCCGUUGUCUACAAGCCUAGUACUACGACUCUUUAUCCUGCUUCAGAAGUCUAAUCGAUCUAAGUUCGCCGUCAAAGCCAUCAACUCGAUCCUAUCAUGCCCACGGAUCUAUCUUGGGGGGCCGGAGGCCAAACAUACUGUUCUCCAUCAUCUGCGGUUCUCGGUCGAAUACCUCCGUCGCAAUCAGCUCCUCGAUGCUAAUGGUCUUCCCCUCAAUUUUUCGGGCACCAUAUCGCAUUUGUACUACACCGAGAAUUCCAGCUUUGCAUUCCAUGCGCUCCUCAAUGGUGGAUAUUUUCACCGACUGUGCAAGAACAUUUUCAGGAACCCCAAAGAAACGGUUCUUACAUUGAUGCUUGUGAUGUCACAUUUAUUCGGUCGCCGGCAUCUACCUCCAGUUACCCUUGAGAACUUUCGAACCUCAGAAAAGAAAUCCCCAUCUGUUGUGGUUCUUCCAAGUCUUCCGAAAAAGGCGGCUAGGAUUUUGCGCAGUCAUAACGAGCAGACCCAGGAUAUUUACACGGCUUAUGUUACCACCUUCGUUGAGCAGCAUAUCAAAGAUCCAGACUGUUUCCUCCCACUGACAGGAAUAAAGUGCGGAGGCGACAAAUCUCCGGAAGAAAUCAGCCACUCACUGCCCAUUACUCCUCCUACCCAAGUAACAUCAUCAUUUGUCUCACUGUCGGGUCAUGGUGAUAACUGGAGUAGCAUACCCGACCUCUGUCAAAAGGUCCGCAGCGGUGUCUGGCUAGAACAAGCAGUGGUGCCGUACGUGGGGCUCUACCCAGAGGAGGGCCAACUUCCACUCAAUGCGUACCUGUACGACUUCUUCAAGCACGGCAAUGUGAAAGCCCUGGAAAAAUGGAACAUGAUCCGCAAGGGUGAUAUUUGGUUUCUCUUGAACGACUUCUCCCUGGUCCUUGCCACCAUUGUGACUGAUUUUGAGAACUAUCUCAAGCUGUCCCCAAACAUUGAUGUAGACUUGUUGGAUGUGGCCGGCAGUGGUGAUGUGCACGAGAUUGACUUGGACGAUAAUGCUUAUGAUGCAAAGGAGCCCCAGCCAGGGACAGCCGUGAAAUCAGCCCAUUUAGCCCAGGCUCCGGUGCAAGCCACAACCAAGCCUCCGCUGACUUCGGUAUCCGCCAAUUCAAAGAAAGCAAAGGUAGCUGACAGCUGGGAAGAUGAGCAGAGCGACGAUGAAGGGAGGGGAAAUGAGAACAAUAUCCCUGAGAGAGGGGGUGGUUCAAAGGCUACUAGCAAGCUUACUUCCUCCGCUUCACCAGGUCAGAUCGAGGAGAAGGGGUUUUUGCAGGUCUUGAAAGCGUUCAAAAUGCUUCGAGAUGAUUUCAACGAGAAGUUCAAAGCCAUGUGGGCGUGA